AUGGGGCUCUCCUUUGGUAAGCUGUUCAGCCGCCUCUUCGCCAAGAAGGAGAUGAGGAUUCUCAUGGUCGGGCUCGAUGCCGCCGGUAAGACCACCAUCCUCUACAAGCUCAAGCUCGGCGAGAUCGUCACCACCAUCCCCACCAUCGGAUUCAAUGUUGAAACUGUUGAGUACAAGAACAUUAGCUUCACCGUUUGGGAUGUUGGUGGCCAGGACAAGAUCAGGCCCCUGUGGAGGCACUACUUUCAGAACACACAGGGACUUAUUUUUGUUGUAGACAGCAAUGACAGGGAACGUGUUGUUGAGGCUAGAGAUGAGCUCCACAGGAUGCUGAAUGAGGAUGAGCUGCGUGACGCCGUGCUGCUUGUAUUUGCAAACAAACAAGAUCUUCCUAAUGCUAUGAAUGCUGCUGAAAUUACUGACAAGCUUGGUCUGCAUUCCCUGCGCCAGCGGCACUGGUACAUCCAGAGCACUUGUGCUACAUCUGGUGAAGGGUUGUAUGAGGGGCUUGACUGGCUUUCCAACAACAUCGCCAACAAGUCUUAA